AUGCCGCCAACUACAUCCCACAUCCGAUACUGCGACAAAUGUCACCUCCCAACGAAAACACCGAGGGUCUGCAACGAAUGCGGAACGGCCUCGUAUUGCUCAAUUGCCUGUCAGAAAGCACACCAGGAAAUCCACCAACCCACUUGUCGUCCCCUAUCUCCCAAAGAAGUCUGGGGAAUAACCAUUCUCCCUGGACCUCCCGGCCAUCCUCCGCAAUUUCAGCACGAACUCCUUACAAUCAACCACCACAUCUUCCUGAAGGAUGGCAACAAACAGAACAUAUGCCUAGGGUCCCUACUCUGCGGUGUCCCGCUUCUGUGGUAUCGCUCUGAGCAGGUUCAAUUGAAGCGGACGUUGGAACAGGAACAGCAUGGCGUCCACGGAAUAAACCCAGAGACAAAUUUAACCGCCGCCGCAAGCUCAAUGUCGACGUCGGAAAAAUCAGAACCAACGCGCCAUGCAUCCAGUCCGUCGUCCAGCGACGUCAAACCUCACAUGACGGCUGCGAUGAGUCGACGCUCUGGCCUCAGUUUACGCUGCAUCGUGUCAAUGUCAGUCUCCGAGAACCCGCCAACGGGCGAAUCAACGCAGCAAGCGAGCGAUUCACCGCCGAAGUACAACCAGGCGGCCGCUCUCCUAUGCGUUGAUCUAAACACCGGCGUCACGCCAGAUCAUUUCGACGGUCCCGUAGCAUUUGCUCGGCAGGACAAGAAGCUACUCACGCGCGAGCUGAUGGAAACCAUUUGGAAGUUCCAUUGCAGCAUCAAGGAGGAUAGCGAGAAGGCCGAAUACAAUUGGGCAACUAUGAGCGACUUGAUGACCCGAGAAGCCUUCCAAUCUUUCCAAUUGGAAUAUUACUUGGAGCAAACUGCGAAGGGAAGGCCUGGCUUCGACCCACUGUAG